GAUGCUAUCGAUUUAAAUAACUCGCUUCGGUAACACGCGCAUCGUCUCUGCUAUUUGGGAUAAUCGGGAAGUCCCUACCCAUUGAAGUUGACAUUUAAAAUGGUUAAGGUAUCGGUUAAUGCUAGGGUUAGGUAGUAAGGGUUAAGAUUAGGGUUAAGCUAGGUGUUAAGGAUACAGCAUAGCACUAUUCGUAUCCAAACGGGAUAGGGAUCCAUUUACCGACCUCCUUGACACACACCGGGUCACGUGACAGAUCCUGCACAUUUAAAAAAGAACGGGAUAUCCUACAAUUCACACCAGGGCUUCACCGAGGUGGCUAAAUGACUCCCCGGUGGCAGUUGACCGACUUUCGCACCUCCGCAGCCCUUUUGUGCAAUUGUCAGAGGAGCGUCAAUGGGACAACUCGCUGAACGCACCUACGACACAUGAGACUUCAUAAUCAAACCUGUUGACCGGGGCCCGGUCCUAAUUUCUAUCCCCGUUUAUAUUCUUAUACGAAGUUGAUCUACAGCCUGCAGAGAAAUCAUAUUGGAGGGCGAAAAGUGGGGAUAUCCUUUGUCAUUAUUAAUAUCUGCUCGGGAUGGCAGUGAACUUUAGAUGCGCAGUUCAAGCCUUAGUUUUACUGGGCUGUGUGAUUAUCCUCAGUAACGUGCUAUGUCCCGUUGGUGCGAAUCUCUACAACAACCGCUAUGCAGGGGAUCAAGUCUUCAGGAUAACUCCCAGCAACAAAGAGGAGGUUCAGGUGCUGAAGAAACUCCUGGGAAACAUCAAGGUCGACCUAUGGCAGCCCAACAGUGCCUCUCUGAUCCGACACAAUGCCACUGUGGACGUGCACGUGAGACGGAACGACACACGAGGGCUACGGACACGCCUCCAGAAAGAACACAUAGAUUUUAAGGUGUUCAUAUCUAACCUUCAGAAGGAAAUUGAAAAGCAGACGGGACAUCGCUCUUCCCGCAAGAGGAGGUCUGAAUCCCAAUAUGACUAUGAGGUGUACCACUCCCUGGAGGAGAUCCAGAGUUGGAUGUUUGAGAUGAACAGGACCCAUCCUCACCUGGUGGACAUGUUCUCUAUAGGGAGGUCAUAUGAAGGCAGGCCCCUCUAUAUACUUCAGCUAGGAAAGAGAACACGGUCCUAUAAGAAGGCAGUGUGGAUAGACUGUGGGGUCCACGCCAGAGAGUGGAUCGGACCAGCCUUCUGUCAGUGGUUUGUCAAAGAGGCUCUGCAUUCCUACCAGUAUGACUCUGUGAUGAGACGACUGAUGAACCAGCUCAACUUCUACAUCAUGCCUGUCUUCAACGUUGACGGAUAUCACUUCAGCUGGACUAUGGAUCGUUUCUGGAGAAAAACCAGGUCCAAAAACGCCAAGUACCACUGCAGAGGUGUUGACGCCAACAGGAACUGGAAAGUCAAGUGGUGUGAGGAGGGUGCAUCCUCCCAACCCUGUGAUGACACGUACUGCGGACCCUUCCCCGAGUCCGAGCCGGAGGUCAAGGCGGUUGCCAAGUUCCUGCGGAAGCACAAGAAGCGUGUCAAGGCCUACAUCUCCAUCCACGCCUACGCCCAAAUGUUGCUCUACCCCUACUCCUAUAAAUACGCCACCAUCCCUAACUUCAACUGUGUGGAGUCAGCUGCACACAAUGCAGUGACUGCCCUGUACUCUGCCUAUGGAGUGAGGUAUAGAUAUGGACCUGCCUCCACCACACUGUAUGUCAGCUCAGGCAGCUCCAUGGACUGGGCCUAUAGGAACGGGAUCCCUUAUGCCUUUGCCUUUGAACUGCGGGACACAGGCUACUUUGGCUUCCUGUUACCUGAAGCCCUGAUCAACCCCACCUGUACUGAGACCAUGAGAGCAGUGAAGACCAUCUCAUCAGGCCUACUGAAGAAGUGUGAGACAGGGAUGCAUCAGCUGGACAGGGAGCGAUAUCCAUAUCUCUGAGAUAUACAGACAAUUAUCUCUGCAUCUGCUAUUUACGGGCGGUGGGUUAUUGUGUCAAAAAGGAUUAUGCAAGCCUUAAAGGGAUAGUUCGGGAUUUUAUCUACUUACCUAGAGUGAGAUUAAAAUGUUUAUGUAUCUGCAUGCAGUUUGAAAGAAGUUACUAACUAGUGUUAGGGCAAUUGCUAACUUGCUUUAUUAGCAUUGGCUCUUGAAAUGAUCUCUAAUUUCCUUCAUAUUGGAUGCAGAUACAUAAAAAUCCCGAGCUAUCCCUUUAAUGUUUAUCCAAGAGUGGUCACACUCCCUUUUAUGUCUGUAUGUUAGAGGCUAUAAUAGUGGUACUUGAAAAUGACCUCAAACAAUUAUUUAGAUGUCAGAUGACAUAACUUCACCUUGUACUAUAAUAACUUGACUAUCUACAAAGUGUACAGUGGACAUAAGCACUUGAAUGCCAUUUUCAAGAGACUGAUAUUGCAUUUCACAGCACUUUUUUAAAACCAAGACUUUCUCCUGAACUUACUGUUUUCACCCUUCAAAACUUCACUAUCUGGAGCACCAUCAGCUAACUGCUCUAGAUGUCUUCCAAAUGUAUUUUACAUUAAUUGUGAUAGAACAUCAGCUUAUUUAGCAAAGCACAUUUAGUUUCUAUGGUACAAACAACAAGAAUGCCUAUAGUAUCAUUAAAGGGAUUGUUCACCCAAAUUACAAAAUGACAUAUUGGUUUCCUUACCCUGUAAGCAGUCUAUGGACAAGGUAUGACAGCACUCAAAGUUUUAGUUUUGUUAGCUGGCCAGUGUUUUGAAAUACUAACUUUUAUCUAAUGCAAGUCAAUGGUACAUAUAUUAACAUUUUCACGCUUCAUGCCCAAGUCAUCCUAAAGUAUCAAAAAUGUAUUAGAUUUUUCCACUAAAGCAAAAAAAGUUAGCAUUUGAAACAGUGGCCAGUUAUACAAAACCAAAGCAUGGAUUGCUGUCAUACAGACUGCUUACUUGGUGAGGAAAUGUGUCAUUUGAGUGAACUUUUCCUUUAACAAACUGCCUUCAAAUGGACUUUACAUCUCUUUAUGCUUUUCAGUUGCUGACUUAUAUAGUCAGUGGUAAAGGACACAUUUCUAUCAUUUUUUUAAAGAGGAAAUGUUUACUUUUGAUAGAAAGUGCCCAGGACAUUUACUGAAUUGUAAUAAAUGGUAUUUCUUUUUUAUGAGUUUGUCACAUGUGGAUACUUUCGUUGUCAUUACUAGCAUUAUACAUAUUUCAAUAACAUAAUUUGACAUAACAGGAGUGUAAUAUCAUAUGUGGUAGUGUAACAGUGAUGCAGCAGCAUAUGUUUUCAAGGGAUGCAAUGA